CCACACGACUAAAGUACGGAUAAAGAGAAAACCAGGGACAGUCGACUUUAUUUAAAAAUAUCACUUUAUAAGUGAUUGAGAUUAUCGAUCGAUGUCGAAUCGAUGUCAAUCUGACGGUUUCAAUGUCGAUUCAACAUCGUUUCGACAUCGAUCGACGGGUCAUUUCUCGCUGGGAAAGUUGACCGGCGUAAAAAAAUUUGCGCUGUGACAGACGACUUGAAUAUCGCAGUAUUUAAAUGUAGCGCACAAAAUAAAAGAGAAUAAGAUGAGAUACAAGUACAAAAAAAUUAUCUUGCGCAGUCACAAUCCAAGAUAGUUAUAUUGCAGCUUACGAGUUUAAACGAUACGAAUUUAAUAUUUAUUCCUAUUCCUAAUAUGGUACUUUCUCUGUACUUGCGCGCGGGAGGGAAACGGGGGCUCCCUGACCCAGUUUUCGUUGCGCACCCCUGCCCGUAACAAUCGACUGAUCGCGCAUACUGAUGAACGGACGUAAUAAGCCGUGCCGCGCGCUGAAUAACAAUGCGUGUUGUUGUCGAGUGCCUCGAGGCGCCCCGCGCGCCCGCGACGCGUACGCGAUUCCUGAUUUUUACGAUUCGCCUCGCGACACGGGUUUGUUGUGUGUAAAAAAUGCGAGCGCGCCGCCGCCAAUUGGAGGUUAUGCGCAGGAUGUCGUUUAUAAUGAAGAUUGUAGCUGCUUGCGGAAUACGCGGUCGCGACGCUAUGCACAAAAACAGUAACUAAUCGCGAUUAGUCAUCUCGUACAGUCGUUCCAAAGUGCCAUGUUCUCUCAGACGAUAGAUCCGAAUCCCAUCGACUAGACGCGACGGCGAUCCUCUAUCAUGAUCAAGGAGAAGCUGGAGCUGCGCGAGAAUCGCUCCAAGAGGUGGUCGUGCCGCGAAUUCUGGCGCAGCCUACCGGAACGCGUCUCCAGGACGGUGGAGCACUUCUUUUAUCGACUCGGGGUGAACAUCGCCAGAAAUCCGUACAAGUGGAUGCUCGGCUGCCUCGUGGUAGUGCUGAUCUGUAUCUCGGGCCUCUUUCGCUUCCGGCAAGAGAAGAGCCCCGUCAAGCUCUGGGUUCCGCCGGACUCCGAUUUCGUCUUUGACACCGAAUGGCUGAUGACGCACUACCUGGAGGCUCUGCGAGUUCAAGAGUUCAUAAUUACCGGCGACAAUGUCUUGGAGCAGCAAACGCUUAUUAGGUUAAAUGAGAUUACUAAACAAGUGAUUUCCGCACAAACACCGGCCGAGAACAUUUCUUGGACAGAUGUUUGCAUGAAAGUUCCUGUUAUUACCGAGUACAUGUACAGACAGAAGAGACAAAGUUCUUCCUCGGAGGACUCCUUUUUCGACGAUGAUAUCACCUCUACAGUUAAUCAAACGUUUGAACCUGCCAUUCAUAUGGAUAGUAAUAUGUAUUGCAGCAUAAUCGAGAGUUUGCCCAUGCGCUGCCUUAUGGUUAGCAUCUUGGACAUAUGGCAUUUUGACAGCGCUGAAAUUGAAAAGGACUCCACCGAGGAAAUUAUCGCAAAGAUAAACACAAUAAAAGUGAGCCCUACAUUGGGCCACGCCGUGAACUUUUCCGAGUUUUUGGGAGACGUGACUCUGGACGAGCGAGGUAGAAUCAUUGCCGCGACAGCGAUAAGAACUCUUCUGAUGGUUCACGUGAAUUUUAUCAACGUGGACAUGGAUAAACUGGGAAAUAUGGCAGGGACUGCUGAUUGGGCAACAGAGGACGUAUUGAAAUGGGAAUUGGCUUAUUUGGAAAGUAUAAGAAACCUGUCGAAUCAACUGCAAAGCGAAAAAAAAACAAAUGGUUCCUGGGCGCUUUAUUAUGGAGCUGGUAGAAGUUUCGGAGAUAUUUCUGCGACAUCCAUGUUUCAAGAUAUAGAUAAAUUGAUUGUAGGAUGUGCAUUAAUGUUUCUAUACGUCUUAACAAUUUUGUCGAAUUACAACUGGGUGGAGUGGCGGUUUUGUCUUACUGCUACCGGUAUUUUCUGCGUCGGAGCUGCGUUUAUACUUGCAAUAGGAAUAUGCUCUCUAAUCGGAAUCCCAUACGGUCCGGUGCACACGUCGUUGCCGUUUAUGCUCUUGGGUCUAGGAAUAGAUGAUAUUUUCGUGAUUCAUGCAUCUUGGAAACAAAUACAUGCCGAUGAGUCGAAUUUAAAUAAGCUACUAACAGAAAGAAUCGGGCUUACGUUGGGCCAUGCCGGUUCUGCUAUCACUAUUACCUCGCUUACCGACGUCGUUGCAUUCAUCAUUGGUGCCUCCACAAUAUUGCCUUCACUUCAGUCAUUUUGUAUCUAUGCCGCGGUGGGCGUAUUUGUAACAUUUUUAUUACAAGUUACAUUUUUUAUUGCCUGCUUUACCUUGGAUACUAGGAGACUAGAACAAAAGAGGAAUGGGGUAUUACCGUGUAUUGUGCAUGAAAAUUUUUCACCCAAGCCAAUAGACUUAAGCAGUACAGUUUCCUGGAAAUUUAUAAACUUUUUGUAUUCGAAGAUAGUAUUAACUGUGCCUGGGAAGAUUAUUAUAGUGUUAAUUACUUUUGUAACAUUGUCUAUAAGUAUUGUGGGUUCGCUUCAACUGCAACAAUGGUUUGAUCCAUUAUGGUUGUUACCGCAAGACUCAUACUUGACUCAAUACGUAGCUGUCCGGACUAAAACAUUUCCCAAUCAAGGAAUGGAAGCCUUCGUCGUUAUAGGAGAUGAUGUUGAUUUCCCCUCUGAAUUUCCUAAGAUAAUAUAUCUGACAGAACGCUUACAGAAUGCAUCUUUUAUACAAAACAUAGAACCUUGGCCGAUUGAUUUCGCAAAAUUCGUGUCGACGCAUUAUGCUACAGAUUUAAGGACUACGACGAUCACAGACGACAAUUUUCAUCAUUAUCUAUCGCAAUUUCUUGUUAGUCGAGCUGGUGGUAAAUAUCAGAGAAAUUUCUUUUUCAAGAAGAAGUUCAGGUGUGGUUGGAAUGCCCCACGAAUCGUAGUAGCAAACAUUGAUUUCAACUACAGACGAUUUUCGGGUCCUCAUGAAUGGGUUCCAGCAAUGGAUAACAGUAAACUCUUCGCGAAGGAGGCGCAAAUUCGCGGAUACGUAACGGUGUGGUCUAAAAUGUUCGGAUCUUGGACUGCCGAUAAAUUUAUCAGUCAGGAAGUAAUUCGAAACGUCUUCCUGGCAUUAAUCUGCGUUAUGGGUACCACAACAGUUCUGAUCGUUGAAGUGCAGACUUGUUGUUGGAUCUUACUCUGUGUACUUCUCACCUUACUAAACGUUUGCGGAUUCAUGUAUUUCUGGGGAAUGACGAUAGACAUAACGUCCUGUAUUGGUCUCGAGCUGGGCAUCGGUCUAAGUGUGGAUUAUGCGGCACACAUCGCACAUGCCUUCCUGAACGCCGAGUCGCGAGAGGAUGACACAAAUGCUCGCACGACCCGAGUAUUACUCGCAGUGAGACACAUCGGUGCAGCGGUCGCCUACGGCGCGGGCUCGACAUUGCUCGCCGUCUCGAUGCUGGCCUUCUCGUCGAACUACGUGUUCACCGCUUUUUUCCGAAUAUUUUGCUUGGUAAUUUUGUUCGGACUCUGGCACGGACUGUUCCUGCUGCCAGUCGUGUUGAGCACUGUCGGGCCGCGAGGCUUACGUGUGGUACAGCAGCCACAACCGAUGGCCGAGAAGGCGAUUAUCGCGACUGACGAUGAAGAUUGAAACGGAAAUACAGACAGUUUUGUUCAGGUAGUCGUGUUUCUUUAUCAAUAAUAUUUAUUUUUGGUUCAAUAAACAUACAAAAUUAUUACAC